AUGGCGCCGAUCUGGCGAUUGCUGGCGGCAGUCCUCGUCGGCGCCGCCCUCUGCGCGGCUGGCCCCGCGCCGCUUGUGGAAGAAUUCGGCGAAGGGUGGCAGGGUCGCUGGCGCCACUCCACGGACGACAAGUACAUCGGCAGGUUCGAGGUCGAGGACGUCUUCGACGAUCCUGCGCUCAAGGUACCCGCCAAGGCCCAGCAUUACGGCGCUGCCGAGACGCUGGAAGAGCCACUGGACCCGGCUAAAGGGCUUGUGGUCCAGUAUGAGGCCAAGUGGUCGGAGGGACACACCUGCUCAGGCGGCUACCUCAAGCUCUUCACCCACUCAGCGGCCUUUGACGCCAAUGGACUGGUGGAAAACACCCCGUACACUGUGAUGUUUGGGCCUGACAAAUGUGGACAGACCAACAAGGUGCACCUCAUCGUUCGACACAACAACCCUAUCAAUGGCACAGCUGACGAGAAGCAUCUGAUGAGCCCUCCAAGGACUCCCGGCAACUCCCUCACUCAUUUGUACACAGCCAUCUUGAAGCCUGACAACACGUUUGCUGUCCUCAUCGAUGGUAAAGAAGAGGCCUCUGGUAGCCUUUUCGACAAGUUUGAUCCCCCCUUCAACCCACCAAAGGAGAUCGACGACCCUGAGGAUAAGAAGCCAGAGGACUGGGUCGACAAUGCCAAGAUGCCUGACCCAGAUGCCAAGAAGCCAGAUGACUGGGUUGAAGAGGCCAUGAUAGUGGACGAGAAUGCCACAAAGCCUGAGGGCUGGCUGGACGAUGAACCUGAUGUGAUUGAUGAUCCAGAUGCUGAGGAACCUGAGGACUGGGACACUGAGGAAGAUGGUGAAUGGGAGCCACCCAAGAUCCCAAACCCGUUGUGCAAGAGUGCGCCAGGCUGUGGCGAAUGGAGCAAGCCAAUGAUCAAGAAUCCUGAGUACAAGGGCGAAUGGCGUGCACCAAAGAUUGACAACCCAGACUACAAGGGCCCCUGGUCGCCACGAAAAAUUCCAAACCCACAUUUCUACGAGGACGCAGAACCGCUGAAGAAUAUUGGGAAGAUUGGAGCCGUCGGUGUGGAGAUCUGGACCAUGGACAGCGGCAUAUAUUUCGACAACAUCAUCGUUGCCCAGGACGAAGAGCUCGUAACCACAUACAAGGAGAAAUGGUCGCAACGGCAUGUGGCUGAGGAGGCGGAGCAGGAGGCCAGGCGGAAAAAGGACACAUCCAGGAAGGAAGGGGCCGCUGGAUUCUUGCAGGAUCUGGCAGACAGGCCAGAGCUGGAAGCCAUAAGGCCUUACCUCCUGCCGAUUGUGGAUGUCGCAGAGAACAACACGCUCAUCUUCUAUGGCGUGGGCCUGUUCGCCCUGUUUUUCACAUUGUUCGGAGUAAUCUCCUGUUGCAGGAGAUCCAGCAAGGUGGGCGCUGCUGCGGGUGAGGCCCACAAGAAAGACAUCACUGGCCCCGAUGAUGACGUUGCCGACGGCGACGAUGAGGAUGAGGAUGGCAAAGUCGAGACGGAGCCGGAGGCCAAGGGCGACGACGACGAUGAUGAAGACGACGAGGGGGAUGAAAAGGUGAGGAAAAGGAGAGGCACGAGGAGGGCAGACUAG